AUGUACUUCACAAACUAUCUGGAUCGUUCGAAUGUCAACAAUGCGUACGUGUCUGGGAUGCGGGAAGAGCUGCAUAUGGUCGGGACGCAGUUCAACCAAAUCAAUACUCUGUUCACCUGCGGGUACAUUGUCGGCAUGAUACCCAAUAACCUAGUGCUGCAAGUGGUCAGGCCGCGGAUAUGGCUCCCUGUGAUGCAAAUAUCAUGGGCUAUCUUGACCUUCUGUACGAGCGUGGUCUCGAACGUGCAUCAGAUCUAUGGCAUCCGAUUCCUCCAAGGCAUCGUCGAAUCAUCCACCUUUGUGGGCGUGCAUUACAUUCUGGGAUCGUGGUAUAAACCCGGUGAGCUGGGAAAGCGCUCUGCGGUAUUCACUUGUAGCGGACUUGUCGGAACACUAUUCUCUGGCGUUCUCCAAGGAGCGGUAUACAGAAAUCUCAACGGUGUGGAUGGUCGUAGCGGUUGGAGGUGGCUGUUCAUCAUAGACGGAAUCAUCACGCUUCCAAUCGCAUUGUACGGCUUCCUGGUUUUCCCUGACCUCCCAGCGACGACUAAGGCGUUCUACCUGACCGAAGAGGAACGUCUCUUGUCAGCAGAACGUCUCGAGGAUGUAUCUGACGUGAAGCGGCACAAGCUAUCUUGGGGCGUCUUCAAGCGCGUUUUGGGUCGCUGGCGCUGGUACGGAUGCAGUCUAUUGUUCGCAAUAUCCGGAGAAACAGAGUCUUUUGGUUCGAAUAACAUUAUGGGCCAAUGGCUCUCUGCCAUAGGCGGCUACUCUGUCGAAAACGUUGAUUAUUACCCGAGUGGCAUGACCGCUUUCGCCAUCGUCUCAACCCUAGCAGCUGCAACCUUGACCGACAGAAAUCAGAAGCGAUGGAUGGUCCUGGUCUACAUGUCUGUAGCUUGCAUUUUUGCGGCUAUCUGCAUCCUCGUAUGGAGCUCGCCGACGUGGCUCAAGUUUGUGGCGUACUACGUCGCCGGCGCAUCGUAUGCGGGUCAAGCAACGACUUUUGCAUGGGCCAACCAGAUCUGCGCCGACGAUGACCAGGAGCGCGCAAUCGUGCUUGCAUCCAUGAAUAUGUGGAACAAUGUCGUCAACGCGUGGUGGCCUCUCGUCUUCUAUCCGGCGACUGAUGCACCGCGCUUCAGAAAGGGUGCCAUUGCGAUGAUCGCUGUGUGCGUAGCAACGCUGGGCGCAACAUGGUUAGUGUGGUGUUUGGAGAAGCGCGAGAAGCGGACUCGGGCGGAGAGCGUGGAAAUCGCAAGAGCAAGGAUCGAUGAUGAGAAGACCCAAACGGAUGAAAAGCGAGGGAGCCAGGGUUCCAUCGCAGGGAAAGGGGAGAAGGAUAGAGAACUAUAG